UGAAUACGAAGGGCGAGACUGGCUUCGAAACGAAAUCGAUUGAGGCUUACAGUAAAAAGCACUGUUAGCCUGUGGAGACGGUUUCCGUCCGCGACAAAACGAAAAUUUAGAGAUAGUCAGUCAAUAGUCAUUUUUCGUUACAUUGUCGUUCUGCCCGAUCCAACGCCCGAUACGGAUUCGAUAACAGAGUUUACAUAAAUACCGAAUCACAAUCGAGCCGCCGUCGUUUAUUUCUGGAAUUCUUUUCUUUUGCCCCUACAUCUAAAUUUUACGUGUGACAAAAAAAAGAACCGGACUUCGCAUUCGCCGAAGCAAUGUUUCGGCUAUCAUGAAAACUAUCGGUUUGAUGAAACUGGAUGUGGCGGAUGCUGUGUGAGCUCAAAGGAAGAGCAAGCAAACUGAAACAAGAAAGAAAAUAUCACGGCAUUAAAUGGUAAUGCAUGCCAGGAAACCGCAACGUUUGCUAAACGAUGGGUAUCAUCAAUCCCAUCAGUAUCAGAAUUCAAAAUAUAGUUCUUCCAAACGGGACUAUGAACGGGAGGCUAGCUCUCGACCCGUCAGCUAUGGCCGGGAUCGGGAUAACUCACCAGCGGGCGUUUUGUUGAGCAAUGAUUCGCCUAGAGAUCGAGACAGGGAGCGAGAUCGUGACCGUGAAAGAGACAGGGAAAGAGAUCGCGAUCGAUACCCGUCUUCAGGUUACAACACCAUGAGCAAACUACGCGAGAAAGAACGCAGUGAUCGGGACUACAAAAAGGAUAAAUAUUCAGAUUCUCUGCGGUCGCCCAAGCGAAGUCGUAGCGAGCGCGAUUCUGAUCACCGAACGAUACACGAUAGAAGGUUGAAACUUGCUACGCUGCUGGACAAGCGGGGUACUUCUGCCGAUGAUCGGGAACGGGAUCGAGAACGCGAGAGAAGCGAACGAGACCGAGAACGUGAGCGUGAUCGGGACCGGCUGCGAGAUCGCGAACGAGAUCGAGCUGGUGGAGGGGGUGCUGGCACAACGUUGGGAUUGGGAAGUGUCGUUGGCACUAGCGCUAGUAGUGGCGGUGUGUUAGGCGGCAGCUCGGCGGCAGUCAUUGCCAAUAAUAGUCUGGUGUCUACUAACAGUGCUAGUGGUGGGAGCAGUGUAGUGAGUGCUGCUACCAAUGCUUCUUCGACUGCAAGCAGCAAUCCAGCUGGGGCCGGCAACUCUUCCGGGAGUAGUUUAGCUGGAAAUAGCAUCGACCGGGACCGCAUGAACCGUGUGGGUGAUUGGAGCGAACAUGUUAGCUCGUCCGGCAAGAAGUAUUAUUACAAUUGCAAAACGGAGGUGUCCCAAUGGGAAAAACCACGCGAAUGGAUCGAAAAAGAAAGUUCUCGAAUGUUGGCGAAAGAACAGCACCGCGACUACCGCGACAAGGAUCGUGAUCGUGGAAGGGAGCGGAACGAAAGGGAACGCGACGAACGCUACACAUCGUCGGUCGUCCUUCGUGCGGCGGCAUCUUCGUACGGAAAGCAUUCCUGCAGCAGCAGCAGCAGCGGUGGAAAAAAUAAUUCCCGUAUACGAUGGCCAACACAUGAAUCUUCAACUUCCGCUCAUCGGAGGCGCUUCGAUGGGGAAAAUCUGGAUGCGGACAAUAGUCCUGGUGAUUCAACGCCGACCUCUGAAACCAAUUAUUCACACUCGAGCACGCCCACUAUUGCCCAACAGCAACAGCAGCAGCAGCAGCAAGGACAUGUGCAAGCAACGAUUAACGGUUCACUGGGAAAUACUGGAAGCAGCAACAUUGGGUCCGGAUUGAGCGGAAACUCUACGUCGGUCGGAUCGAACGCAACUGAAAGCACUGGUCACAGUGUGUCAAAUCAAAUGCCCCGGUUGUUAUCAAGUUCGACUGCAAGCCAAGUUGGGUCUUCUAAUAAUGCACAGUUAGCAUCAUCAAACAACCAGCAACAGCAGCAGAACAUAACACCAUCAUCGAGUUCCUCUUCUUCGUCGUCUUCAUCAUCCGGCAAUAGUAUGCCGUCACCGUCAAUGCACCAUGCCGUACAUGGGCCUAGUAGUAUCGGCGGACCAUUAUUAAUUGGCACUCAACCAAAUUCUACAGAUGGAGGGAUGCUCAAUUCGAAUGCACCCGGACCACCAAUGUCGCUAGCGCAUCUUCCGCCCUCGAUACAUCCACAGCAACAACAUGGCAACAUUGCCCAACAUUCGCCACAACAACAGAACCAACUGCAGCACCAAACUCAGCAGAUUAAUCAAUCUUCGAUUCACUCGCUACCGGCCGAUGCCGCAGGGGUCAGUGUGCCUACGUCGUUGGCAGGUUUGCCGAAGAUUCUUUCGCAAAUCACCGGCAUAAAAUCGAUAGAACACAAUGACCUCAACCCACAGAAGGCGUUACAAACGAUUAACAACGCACUUAUGCAACAGCAAACCCGCCAGCUAAACACAAACGCAGUCCAUGACAUAGGAGGAAGCAAUACCGCCAUGGGAAGUUUAAGAGAACACACACUAAACUCGCCCUUGCACAAUGUGUCCAAUCUGUCCCACCCAGCCCUUUCGUCGUCAUUAUCAGGCCUUCAUUUGGGUCACAAUAUGCAUAACAUCACGAUAAACAGUCACGCCGCCAGCCAGUCAAGCGCGAUAAAUAGUAGCGGAAGCACAGUGAUAACUGCUGAUGGGCCACCGACUCCAACACAGGAACUUGAUUUAGCUCUGGGGGAUCAUAGAAAAUUAGACAGCGGGCUGAGUAGCGGUGGCUUAACGUCGACUACAACCAGCGCUGUGAGCAGCCUACAGAGCGUAAUGGCAUCGUCACAGUGCGGCCGAUCUCAAGGACCGAAUCUAACGCCUAGCUUAGCAAAAUACUUUCGGGCCGAUCUUAUAUCGCACAUUACUGGAUGGCCUUCGGAAAUACUAGAAAAAACGAUUCAAAAACUCUCGGAAGAGGCACAUAUUUUAGGUGAUCUUCAAUGCAGCAAAGUAUCCGCUGAGUUAAAAUGCGCUAGAAGUUUAGUUAGAAUAACUGAAAUAACUGCAACACUGCAGGAACAAAAGAUAAUGUAUCUACGACAGCAAAUUCGUAGGUUGGAAGAGUCCAAAUCGGAAAAUUCAUUCAUGUCGUCAGAUGACCUAUAGCGUUCAUGUAUCUAUAGAGGACAUGUUUAUCAUUAUAUGGAACAUUAGAGAGAUAAGAGCUGGAGAUGUAUGUUGAGAAGUUUAUAAUAAAAAUUAAGAAAACGUAUGGGAAAAGUAAAAAAAAACUACAAACCAUAACUACAAUACAUUGCUAACUAACGCAUGAAAAAAUAAUGUUCUAGAUAAUAAAGAGAGUACAAUAUGGGAUAAUCUAGAAAAGUAUAAGCAGAAAACGAUGAGGAGUGAUACAUAUGUAUCAUAAAAUAGUCGCGAAACAAAUUUCUUACGUUUUUAGCAGGAGUUAGGAAAACGGAUUUGCCACUUGCGUAAAAAUUGGCAAAAAAACAAAGUACGGAUAAAUAAAAAUCGAUAC